AUGUCGCCUAUCGUCCUCUCCGCGGCGUCCUCCGUCGCGGUCGCGUCCGCGCGCGCGUCGUCCAACUUCCAGCGCGCGCGCGUCGCCGCCGCGUCCUCGUCGAAGGUUACGAAGAAAUCGCUCGCGUCGUCGUCGUCGUCGUCGCUCGCGGCGCGCGCCGUCGUCGUCGUCGCCCGCGGCGAGUCCUCCUCGCGCGCGCGGCGCGCGCGCGGUUCUCCGAUCGUCCGCGCCGCCGCGGAGGACACGGAAGAAUCGACCGCCGCGCCGGCGACGCCGCCGUCGGCGCCGAAGCCCGCGAGUACGAAACCCGGGCAGGGGAAGCCUCCGAUCGCGCCGUCAUACCUCGCCCUCGGAGACGCGACGGCGUCGAUCCUCAUCGUCUUGAUCGCGCGCGGGGCCGCGGGCCAGGACGUGCUCUCCCCGGGGACGAUCAUCGCGAUCCCGCCGUUCGUCCUCGGCUGGGUCGGCGCCGGGUUCUUCGCGGGGGAUUACGACGCGGACUCGCCGAACGCCGCGCUGUGGGGGGACGUCCCGAGGGCCAUGUCCACGGGCGCGUUGACGUGGUUCAGCGGCUCCGCGAUCGCCAUCCUGGUUCGGAACGCGAUCGCGACUCAGAUGACGGUGCCGCCCGCGAUCGACGAGUCCGUCGUCUUCGCCGGCGGGCUUGGGCUUAUCUGCGCGUUUCGGGCGCUCGUCGCGGUGACGAAGCCGGGCGCUGGGGACGGCGCGUGAGCGAAGGAUUAAGGUCUACAAUAUUAUCGAUCUCCACGCGGUUUG